AUGGGAUGGGAUGAGAUGAGAGUUGGUAAUGACUCGAAAGGUCAUUCGGGAAGACGUCUGGCCACCACGGGUGUGAAGAAGGCGGGGAAAAAUAAGACCGCUCUCUCGGUUUACAGGCUAACUUGGCCAUAAUCCUGAACUCUCACUCCACCCGAUCGGGCUUUGUUUAUUCACUUCGAAUAGGUUUGUCUUAAGGCGUUUUCAAUUAAAUUUCUUUUUCCUCGAAGAUGUGAGGGCCAAGGUGAAGGCUGAGAAGAGGAAAGGAGCUGGCCGUUCCAGUUCUCUGUUUACAGAUCUCUUAUCAGAUGAUAAGCCACGCCGUGAUCUCAGUUGACCCGGGCCCUCGUUUCUGUUUUGUUUUGGUUAUAAAUGGGCGGCUGAAUUCAAGUGUAAUCUGCCAUUAGUGAGAUGAAAAUAAGCUUCGAAUUACAUUCCACCUCCGGCGAAGAAUGAGACAUUUCACUUUCUCAGGAAUCUCGCGGUUCUAAAUUGCGAUGAAUAAUAUUUUUACAGAUAUAACUGCUGCUUUCAGGGAACUUACCAUCUCAUCCCGGAAUUAUUACUGGCCCCACUUCCGUCGCCCCUUUUUUCAUUGUAUUUUGACUAUUUUUUGGCCGCAAAAACAGACAAAAGGGAGAAAAACCAACUGAAAAAAGAGCAAGAAAAUUUCUGGAGUCACGUGUGAAAAGAGCGUCGAGUGCCUGGGGCCAUUCAGUCUACUGGCCACCAAUUUGGACAAGCCAAUUCCGUCUUGAGGUUUCUGGUUGGCCCUUCAAGUUGAGAUCAGAGAAGAGGAGGUCGAAGUGACCGUUAAGACUCAUGCUUGGCCUCUGAAAUGCAUGGCCCUUGUUAUGGCCAAGGAAGAUUCUGAAUCCGAGGGACUCAAGGAAUCCCUUUCCGGCGAUGAAUCCAACACAAAUGCGGUAAGAUGACACGACAUAUUGCGUAAAUUGUGAUGAGAUUAAUGUAAUUUGUUACAAGUUUCAGAUUUCGACCACAUUGUAUCUCCAAAACCACGAAAAGAUAUCGCUGAUCUCAUCCUUGGGCCCAUCCUCAGAUAUUGUAAAAGAGACGAGAGAUGACUGCAGUGUAAUAUCAGUUGACCGACAACCCCAAUGCCGCAUUUGUUUGUUAUGCACCCAGUCCAAAAGCAAACCGUUGAUAUCGCCAUGCAGGUGUGCGGGUACCAUGCAAUUUGUUCAUUCAACGUGUCUUUUGGUAUGUUUUUGGCGCAAUGAAUACAAUAUUACACAACUUUGUCAUCACAAAUUUAUUUUCAGAGAUGGAUCGAUGUAUCGGCCAGAAAGGCCCAGCCCUGUCCUCGUUGUGAAUUGUGCGGGUAUCGCUACAAGCGACAGGGCCUUAUCCAUCUGAAUCCAGUCCAAUAUCGGGUCCCUUCGGUCUGUCUUCGAGACAAAAUUCUGAAUUUUUUAACUCUUUUAUUACUUUCUAUUAUGGCCUUUUGUGGAUGGGUAAUCGUCCGUUAUAUCAAACUGGCAAUCAAGUAAGUAUUUUUUUAUCUAUAUAUACUUUGUAGACAGUAUGGUUAUAUAACUUAAUUCUUGACCUUUAGAAGAUGGAAGGCCCAUCGGAUCGGUCGAUUUCUAAACGAUGAUGACAUAACCAUGGUCAGUGCUUGUGUUCUCUUCUUAAUUGCGCUUUUUCUCGCCGUUUUCACCCAGAAUCGAGCCGAGGUGAGUCCAGUCAUCAUGAUUAACGUCUUUCAGACUCCCAUUUAUUCCCUCGUAUCUCGGUGCUGGUCAAGGAAUCGAGCGUUUCGCGAAUAUCAACUAGAAAAUGACCCCGAGAGAACGGGGCAGAUGACGGAGAAGACCUAG